AUGCGGGACCUGUCUAAGAAAAAGGAUAAGUUAUGGAUUGUAUGGGUCCAUACUUACUAUAUCAAAGAUAGGAGACCAUGGGAAGUGCAAGCAAAACAAGCUUCUUGGGUUGUGAGGAAAAUCCUACAGGCAGGGCAUUGGAUAUCAGAAGCAGGAUUACAUGUAACAGAGGUUAUGGAGGAAGAAACAUUCACAAUUAAGGACAUAUACAAAAAACUUAGAGGUGAGUUAAGCAAGGUGCCAUGGCGAAGAAUGAUAUGCAAUAAUCAAGGCAGUCCUAAAUGGACAUUCAUCCUAUAUUUGGCUAUACAAAGGAUAUUGUACACAAAAGAUAGGCUAGACAAAUGGGGGAUAAACACUGAUUCAAUUUUCUCAAUGUGCAAAGCAGAACCUGAAAUACACCAACACCUAUUUUUUGCAUGCAGUGUGGCAAAUGUGAUAUGGCAAAGAUUACUUCGCUGGUUGUCCAUUACCAAAAGCAGUGCAGGGUGGAAUGAAGAGAUAGAAUGGGCUACAAUGCAUGCUAAUAGGAAAAUAGUACAAGAUGAAGUGUAUAGAAUGACAUUAGUUGCAGCUCUUUAUUACAUAUGGCAAGACAACAAUUACAGAAUUUUUCAGCAAAGGGAGAGGAGCAUAGAGGAAAUUAUAAAGCAAAUCAUUCAGGAAAUUCACUGUAGAAGUUGCAUGAAUCCUAGACUGGCUAGUGCAAUGCAUAAACUAAAAUUUUAUCCAUAG